GGCUGCUCAGCCCACCUGAGGGACGACGGGCUACUUCCGGGAUUCCGAUGUGUCGGCCUAGCCAGCGAGCUAACUGGUCUGCUAGCGGCUAACUGAAGGAGCACCGGAACGACCCACAACACCUCGACAGGACAGACAGCUCACAUGUUCCUCAACAGGGGCAUCCAGCAGCUGACCCACAGAGCCCGUGGGUAAAAGAAGACAGGGGGACAAAGAGGAAAACAAGGACUAAAAUGCAUCAGACUACAUAACAUCACUGCUGCACAUGGCUUUGUUUAAGAAAUGCAAAAUGGGAAAGGAGGUCUAUCUGCAGAGAAUUUGGAGAUGGGAGAGGUCUCUACACCCAGACCCGGCCAAGUGCGGUGACACCUCGAAGACAUACACAGGGCUUCUUUUUGGAUUGAGUUGAUUUUGUCCCCAUAUUGACACAAAGACUGAAGGCAGGGGUCUCACAAGAACCAGGGGACUCUGCUUGGCUGUUUGAGCUGUUUUACUUGUAAAGGCAAGGCUAGACAUCUUUUUUUAAAACAUUUUUUUUUUUUAAUCAGCUUUUUGAAAUUCCAGCUGGACUUUUGUUUGACGCAGCUUCCCGCAAGUGGUUUAAAAGUGAAUUUGUUUGUUUAGUUGUUUUCCCCUGCUGACUUAGUUUGAAACGCUGGAACUGUUCCUUCUGCCGCCAUCCUCAGUUUCUUCCACCCACCCAGUGCCUAAAUAAGCCCUCUCGGGACAAUCACAGAAGUCAUCAGCAGCUGCUGCGCUCAAUCCUCUGCCUGUUCUCCUCUAUGUGCUUCUGCUCUUGGCCUGCUGGCUAUCCACCCACUACCUCUUUAAUUUUCUGCUCUUUUGUUAUUAUAUUCAUUUUCUCUGAGAGGCAUAAUCACAACUCAAGCACAGUGGCGAGCAUUAAAUGUAAACACUGAGUUUCGGUUGUGGAGAGAAACCUAGAUUGCUCCGGUUUUAGUCGCGUCUGUGCUUUUGUGUUCAAGCACAGAAGUGUUACGGUUGCACUGGUGCCAGUGAGCAGUAAGAUUCGAUUUAUUUAUAUUCUUGCACCAAAUACAGUUACAUUAAAGCCAUACAAAAAUAUUUAUGAAUUACCUACACAUAUUUUUGUAUCACAUUGCUCUUGUAUAGUUUUGCAUUUAUAAACCUCUAUUAAGAUUAUGCACACAAAUUAAAUAUCUACAAGCUGUACACUUGCAAGUAAAGCUGUAUAUUGCUGUAUAAAAAAAUAUCCUCUUAUUUUGAGUGAUUAUAUUAGUGCCAGGAGACAUUUAGUGUCUGGACACAGAGAAUCCCUCAUGUUCCCAUUCAGUUGCUGCUUUGCAUAGUGUUUUCUUUUCCUGUGUGUAGUCAUGGCCCCUCCUCCCAAACAAACACCAUAUUCGCCAUUUUGACCAGUAAAGCACCCUUUACAGUAGGUAGACCGGAGAUAUCUACCUCUCUCUGUCUGUCUUCCUCCCCUCUCUCUGUCUCUGAUGCCGGGCUUCAGUGGUGGGGGGGUUGGGGGAGGAGUAGGUGUCCCUGCUUCUGCUCCUCCCCGUCCAUUUCGUCCCAGCCGAUAUGUCCCGGUGUCUGCAGCCACCACGUUCCUCGUCGGAUCCACAACCCUCUUCUUCUGUUUCACGUGCCCAUGGUUGUCAGAGUAUUUCUCUUCUGUCAUUCCCAUCUACAUUGCCGUGAUCUUCCUCUUCACCCUUGCCAAUUUCUGUAUGGCCACUUUCAUGGACCCUGGAGUCUUCCCCAGAGCGGAGGAGGAUGAGGACAAAGAGGAUGAUUUCCGCGCUCCACUCUAUAAGACGGUGGAGAUCAAAGGAAUCCAGGUGCGCAUGAAGUGGUGCUCGACCUGCCGCUUCUACCGCCCACCGCGCUGCUCGCACUGCUCAGUCUGCGACAACUGUGUGGAGGAUUUUGACCACCACUGUCCUUGGGUGAACAACUGCAUUGGUCGGAGGAAUUACCGCUAUUUCUUCCUCUUCCUGAUAUCACUCACCACCCACAUCGUGAACGUAUUUGGUUUUGGCUUGGUUUAUGUCCUGCACCACCGCCAGCACCUGGACACGCCACACGCUGCCGUUACUAUGGCUGUAAUGUGUGUGGCUGGUCUGUUUUUUGUCCCAGUCGCUGGCCUGACUGGGUUCCACAUGGUGUUGGUGGCCCGCGGUAGGACCACAAAUGAACAGGUGACAGGGAAGUUUCGGGGAGGCGUUAACCCUUUCACCAACGGCUGCAUGAGGAACAUUUCUCAUGUGCUCUGCAGCUCCCUGGCCCCCAGAUACAUGGGCCGGUUGCGGAGCCCUAAGGCAGUGGAUGUACAGCCACCAUUUCUUAGACCGCCCCUCACUGAGGCCCAGCUAGAAGCAAAGGUCCUGGACAACGGCAUCCAGAAUGACCGACACAGCAACAGGUCUAAGAGCAGUCUAGAUCAGAUGGAGAGCCAGUCAGCUGAUGCAGAGCCUCCACCUCCUCCAAAGCCAGAGCUUCGUUACCCUGGCCUGCCCCGAGCGGACACAGAGGAGAGCAGCUUGUUGACUGAAGCUCCACCUACACCGUCGAUGUACAAGUACCGACCAGCCUUCAACAGCCCAGGAAGGAACCACACUGCCCUCACACACCCCAACAAGAUGAUCCGUGGGGAGAGUCUCGACUCUCCGUCUCCCUCCAUCCUCCAGUCCAGCCGUCAGCCUAGCUACCGCUCGGAGCCGAGCAGCCUGGACGGGACCACAGUGGUGGGGGGAGGUGUAGGGGCGCGCAGAGGGGGAGGGGAAAGGGGUGAGGGCCCCGGAGGCCCAGGCGGGACUGCUGGGGUGAUGCCGGGGGGCAUGUCAGGCUACUCCCUGACUGGGCGCUCCUACACCUCCUACCCAUCCUCUCUGGUUCUGUCCACUGGCGGCUCUCGCUCCUCCAGCCUGCGCUCAGCGCACACGGCACAUAACCCGCUGGCCACGCUCCAAUCGGAGGGCACCACAGACACCAGCUACAAAAGCCUGGCCAAUCAAACGCCUCGGAAUGGCAGCCUGUCCUACGACAGCCUUCUGACACCAUCCGAGAGCCCAGAGUUCGAGUCGGCCGCUCACGAGCUGUCGCCGCAGAAGCCUCGCGUUCCGUUUCCCUCAGCGACUAUAACAGGCCAGCCUGAGGUGGUGUCACCCAGUAGCCCGCUGCAGGGCUACACGUCGCCCUUCCUCUCGGCUCAGAUCGCCCAGCAGAGGGAGGGGCAGCUGCUCCAGGGCUCUGCCACUUUCUCCUCCCCCCACAGGGCCUACCUGCGUGCCGUCAGCCCGCCCCCUUCCUCCCCCUCUGGGCCUCCUGAGAUCCAGCACCUGCUUCUGCACAACCAGGACUCCUCUUCCCGAGCCCCUCGUAACCUUUCCUCCUCAUCCUCUUCCCCUGGGGCUCGCUCACUAGAGCCCCCGGUGUCCCCGCCACCUCGCGGCCUCUCCCUCGGCAAGUCCCAGUCUUACAUUGGAGAGGCGGGGCCUCAGCACAAGCCUCGGGUCGCAGGAGGAGGCAUUGUGCUGGGAGGGGGAGGAGCCGGAGGAGGGCAACAGGCUCCACACCUUCCUCUUCCUCCUUGAUCUGUGUGAGUCUUCCUUUUCCUCCUUCACGGUUUACAGUCUUUGCUUGUUUAGUGUGUGUGGAUGUUUUAUUGGUUCAGUUGGUGGAUUAGUAAAGCAUGUCAGUAUGUGUUUAGCUCUGUGAAAGCAUGCCUAACCAAGCUGCUGUUUACUUCUGUCCUGUAGCCUUUUCUGUCCUCGUCCUUUUCUCACUCACUUAGUUAGUUACCAAAUGCCUUACAAGAUCGACGGUAGAGAAACAUUUUGCUGUUUGUGCUCGUUUGUUGUUAUUUUUUAAGUAGAACCACUCACUUCCACAUCCAUGUAUCCUCUUGUCCUCACCCCUAAUCUGUCUCCCCCCGCUCCUCUCCCCUCCCCCUCCUGAUGGCUGUCCAAUCAGAUCAACCUCUCGUCCCGUCUUGGCCAAUCACACCACAUCCAAACCAGGGGGCGGAGUGAAGAAGGUGACAGGCGUCGGAGGGACCACUUACGAGAUAUCGGUUUGAGUGACAGACAUCCUUCCCGGUCUAUCACGAGGAGGGGGGGAAACGUCACUGGACUACUUCCACUUGUCUCUUACCUGAGCUGGACAUUAUUCACGACUGCAGGCUCCUGAGAAAUGACUGUUUUCCGCUACAGGACUCGAGGAGCAGGCCCAUCUGGUACUCACUUUGUUAUAUUUGUAACGCCACUGGCCACUCUUCUCUGCUAGCCUUUCAGAUUUGAACAAAGAGUAAAAGGGGGACGCUUCAUUUUUUUCACAGGAUCAAGUCGUCUCCAUUUAGCCACUUUGUGAGCCAUAGACUGAUGUGACUGUAUCAUCACGGCUGGGUACAGAUACGUCUAUAGAACACGCAUAGCUAUUCAAUGAUUUGCUGUUUUAUUUGGUACAUUAGCACACAGAGUUUUGACCACCGUGUCCGACACUUAAGGAAAGGAUGGCCUUUAUCCAGUGGAUGUAGAACUUAAAGGGGGAGGAUUUAGGAUUUCUGUUGACCAAUAGAAAACGUCUUCUCCGCAGUCAGAACGGACCACACAACCUGUUUUAAGAGUCCAACCUAUAAACACAGUAUCAUUUUAGUUUUAUAAAUCUUUUUUUUUUUUUAAAUAUUGUUUUAUAUAAAUGUAUAAACAGAUUAUUAUUGGGUCAACUUGUCAGGUAUUGAAGAUGACUAAAGGGUGGCAGAUGUACUGUGUGUAAUUAUUCAUGAAAGCGAUUUUUCAAAUCAGUUGCCUGUUUUUAUUUAAUGGCUGCAUCAGCCACUCAUGAGCUCUUGCUGGAGUUUUCAUCGUCCAAAGAGAAUGAUGAUCGUUUGGCGGACAGCUUAAAGUGGCAAAUAUAAUUGAGCUUAAUUUUUUUUCUGAAAGCCACAAAGAAAUUCUGAAUCACGAUUGCAGCACAAGCAUCUUUGUGGAAUGUACGCUUGUAAUGUUUAUGCUAGAGACAUUAUGCAAACUCUGUUAGUAGCUUUAAGAUCAUUGUAUGUCUUUUUUGGUGUUUUUAUUUUUCUUUCUUUUCUGUAAUGUUUUGUCUGUCAAGAUGCUAGCAGAACCUUAAACCUUUAACAGAUGGCCAGCCAAAUAGGGGCAGCGAGGGAAGGGCUUAUUUAUUUCACCAGACAAGACAACCUUGUAGUUUUGGGCACAAUUUCAAACCAGUCUCUACCAGUUUGUUCUUUUUUUUUUUUCUUUUUUUUUAAGAAAAAAAGAGCAAGUAUGAAUAUUUUGUAUGAAAAAGACUUUAUAAAUGAAAUUGUAAAUGCGAUAUGCCACUGAAUAGAAUUUCAAGGAGGGACUGGUUUGCAGUUGGAGACUGUGUUGAUUGUUUUUUUUUGCCUUGAGACCAUUCAUAGAGAAGCAUGCGCAUUAUUUUUUUUCUAUUGGUUUGUAUUUUUUACACUUUUCUGAGGAAAACAUGUAAGGCAGAUUAGAUUUGUUUGAUUGACUUUUAAAACUUCUGUCAAGAUAUAGUUAAUUUUUUUUACCCAUUACCAUGUUAAGAAAGGAAUAAUUAGAGGGAGGGAGGUGUGUAUGGGUUUUCACGAUUGGGCAUUACAGUUAAGGUUUUAUUUAUUUUAUUGUUUUCUAUCAGUGGUGUUAGCAGUAGAAUGUCAAAGCUGGCUGAAUGUAACACGUCUUUGGGGGGAAAAGUUCACGCUUGAAGCACACAAGUAUCAACCCCAACGACCGUGUUACAAGUUUUUCAACCCUCCCAGUCUUCAGUGUGCAUGUGACUUUUGUUUGUCGUGCUGAAUGCUUCACUGGCGUGCGUACUUGUGAGAAUAUUGUCAAAAGCCCACCUGGUUGAUGUGUGGGUGGCAACAAGAAAAGAAGCAUCUUUUAAAGAUCACAGGCAGCCGUCGUACAGAGAUAAAGACAACCUGUGUUACUUUUCUUCCUGCUCUGGCCAUGGACAGUGGUCACUGAACAAUUUGAAACUAUGUGAGUACAGUAAGUAUACUUCUAUGUGAGAUAAAAAUAUCGCUAUUGUGGGCUGUGAUGAAUGGAACGAGUUUCACAAAUAUCUGUAACGAGUACAUUAAAAGACAUUUCCAAAAUGGCCUUAUAAAGAAUUUUUAAAAAGAUGUCUUCUCAGAAUAAAAAGGUCAAACUGAUGAAAAAC